GUGUCAGAGUGAGUGCUCCCUCACAGAGGAUCUUUGUCCCGGAGUGCAGUAUGGCCGGCAGCGUGUGGAGGUCAAUGCUGGUGGUGGGGGGGGCAGUGAGGAGACCCGCUCUGUCUUCAGCUUCCUUCUCCAGAGGGAUGCAGACAGUGACACUGAUCCCUGGUGAUGGGAUUGGACCGGAGAUCUCCACUGCUGUGAUGAAGAUCUUUGAAGCUGCCAAAGCUCCCAUCAGAUGGGAGGAGAGGAACGUGACAGCCAUCAAAGGACCUGGAGGGAGGUGGAUGAUUCCUCCUGACGCUAAAGAGUCGAUGGACCGGAGCAAGAUCGGACUGAAAGGACCCCUGAAGACACCCAUCGCUGCAGGUCACCCCUCCAUGAACCUGCUGCUCAGGAAGACCUUUGACCUCUACGCCAACGUGCGCCCCUGCGUCUCCAUCGAGGGCUACAAGACCCCGUACACCGACGUCAACCUGGUCACCAUCCGAGAGAACACUGAGGGCGAGUACAGUGGGAUCGAACACGUGAUCGUGGACGGCGUGGUUCAGAGCAUCAAGCUGAUCACUGAGGAGGCGAGCAGACGCAUCGCUGAGUAUGCCUUCGAAUACGCCAGGAACAACCAGAGGACCAGCGUGACGGCCGUCCACAAGGCCAACAUCAUGAGGAUGUCUGACGGUCUGUUUCUGAGGAAAUGUCGUGAGGUUGCAGAGAACUACAAAGACAUCAAGUUCACUGAGAUGUACCUGGACACUGUGUGUCUCAAUAUGGUUCAGGAUCCGACCCAGUUUGAUGUCCUGGUCAUGCCCAACCUGUACGGAGACAUCCUGAGUGACCUGUGUGCUGGUCUGAUUGGAGGACUUGGGGUCACGCCCAGCGGGAACAUCGGAGCCAACGGAGUCGCCAUCUUUGAAUCGGUCCACGGCACCGCCCCCGACAUCGCCGGCCUGGACAUGGCAAACCCCACCGCCCUGCUGCUUAGCGCCGUCAUGAUGCUGCGUCACAUGGGUCUGCACGACCACGGCAACAAGAUCCAGGCGGCGUGCUUCGACACCAUCAGAGACAAGAAGGUGCUGACGAAGGAUCUGGGGGGAAACUCCAAGUGUUCAGAGUUUACAGCCGAGAUCUGCCGUCGCAUCCAGGACCUGGACUGAGGCUGCAGAGAGGAGCUGAUGUAGGAGCACAAGACUCCGCCCACCUGGACCACUUCAUGGGGGGGGGGUGUUAGAGCUGCAGUUUUUCUCUCACCUGUAUUUACCUGUAUUUGAAUCUGUCUUUGCUGUAAGGAGAUGAUGAUGUUGAGGGGGCGGGGCUUCUACAGCAGCUUACCUGUAUCAGUUACAUUCUCAGAAAACAUGCGCACAACUUUGACAUGACCAAGGUGGAAACAUUUCAGAACAUCAUCUUUAGGUUCACAUUAAUAAUAAUAAUAAUAUCACACUCCUUGUGUUCUCUGGACAGUUUGGAUAUUUGAUAUUUUUUUAACGGUGGUCCAAUGUAACCGUAACUCUUUAUUUAUUAUUUCUACUUCCUGUUACUGUCUCCUGCUGCUCUUCAGUUUCACAGAUCCAGAUCUAUGAGUUUAUAUAAAGGAAGAUAGAGCCAGA